AUUGGCUCAGACGGAAGAGUUAACGCCGCUGUAGGUAUACGGUAGGCUAUAUGUUUCUCAUGAUAUAGGAAAUAUAGGCGUAUCAGUUUAGUCAAAAGUCGAAGGUUUUGAUGCGACAUGUAGCCUAGACUAAAAAUGGAGAUCCUGGUUUUCCUGGCUCUCCUGGGAGUAGGUCUACAAGGCGCCGCGGCAGUGACUCACUCUCUGAACUAUUUCUACACUGGAUCUUCUGGAGUCCCAAACUUCCCAGAGUUUGUGUCUGUUGGGUUGGUUGAUAAAGUUCAGAUAGAUCACUUUGACAGUAACACCAGGAGAGCAGAACCCAAACAGGACUGGAUGAGGAGAGUCACAACAGAUGAUCCUCAGUACUGGGAGCGGGAGACUCAGAUCCGUCUGGGUGCCCAGCAGUGGUUCAAAGCCAACAUUGACAUAUUGAAGCAGCGCUUUAACCAAACUGGAGGUGUCCACAUUGUCCAGUGGAUGAUCGGCUGUGAGUGGGAUGAUGAGACUAAUGAGGUUAAUGGGUUUAAUCAGUAUGGUUAUGAUGGAGAAGACUUCAUAGCAUUUGACCUGAAGACAGAGACAUACAUCGCUCCAAAACCACAAGCUGUCAUCACCAAGAACAAGUGGGAUAAUAACAGAGCUUUGAUCGCACAGGACAAGAACUACCUGACCCAGGAGUGCGUUGACUGGCUGAAGAAGUAUUUGGACUAUGGGAGGAGCUCUCUGCAGAGAAAAGAGCUUCCCUCAGUGUCUCUCCUCCAGAAGACUCCCUCCUCUCCAGUCAGCUGCCACGCUACAGGUUUCUACCCUGACAGAGCCACGAUGUUCUGGAGGAAAGAUGGAGAGGAGCUUCAUGAGGACGUGGACCACGGAGAGAUCCUCCCCAACAACGAUGGAUCCUUCCAGAUGAGUGUUGACCUGAAUCUUUCAUCAGUCACACCUGAAGACUGGAGGAGGUACGACUGUGUGUUUCAUCUCUCUGGUGUGAAGGACGACAUCAUCACCAAACUGGACAAAGCAAAGAUCCCGAAGAGGAAUCCCUCUGACAUGACUGUCAUCAUCAUCAUUGUUGUAGUGGUUGUUCUUGCUUUCGUCGCCAUCGCUGUGAUUGUAUUCUUCAUUUACAAAAAGAUAAACGCCAAACGCCCUCCAUCUCCUGAAAGCAACCCUGAGGUGCAGAAGGAGCUGAUCCAAAAGCUCUAAUGACAAACACGCCACCCUUAACACAGUUUAUGGGUAACUUUUGCACUGGAACAAGCAGCGGUGCCACAUCCUCCUCUGUAAACAGGGAAUUAAUUGAUUAUAGAUUAUCAUAUCAUAAACUGAUAAUGAGGGUUGGGAUUUGAGGACUAGAUGCUUAUUGAUUAGAACACAAAGAAAACUAAUUAUAAAAAUGAGUUGACAAAUAUUUUACAAAUAUUAUCAGACAUUAAUGGUUAAAUUACAUUCAUAAUUUAGUUUUCACUUUUAAAAAAUCUGGAAUUUCCUCUGAUAAAAUGUUUCAAAAAUGUUGGAAAUUCAAAUUAGCAUAAUUAAUAUAUUUUUUUUGCCAUUAGUGAAGUAAAACACAAUUUUUAAAGCAAUGAAAGCAUCACAGUACUCUUUGUACAUUCGUAAUUGAUUUAACGUUUUGUGUAGUGUUCAUCUAAAACAAAUCUACCGUAUUUACAGUUAGUAUAUAUACAGUAUAUACAUCUGGUGUUGGGUUUUCUGGUAAAACCAAUAUUGGUAAAACAAAAGUAAAUACAUAUAUUGACAAACACUCAUCCAUGUAUGUGCAUUCCCAUUUUGGUAUAUUUACUCACAGGGUCUGGCAAUAUGAUUUCUUUUAAACAUUAGAGAGCUUUCUUCACUAUUUACACAUUUACUCAAGUAGGCCCCUUGUCUUAACUACUAAUUCCAGGUACUCUAACUUUACUAAACUUCUAAUCCACUACAUCUCAAAGGCAAAUAUGAUGUGACAUGUUGAUAUUAUAUAAUAUGAUGCAUUGCUGUAGAUUAAACUACCCAAAAGGAUGUUAAAAUUAUUUCAAGCGUAAACAUCUACAACAGUAAAAUGCAACACAUUAAAGCAGCAGGUAUAAUAGUGAAACAGGGAACAUUUUACUGCACAUUAAGUACUCUUGAUACACUAAAUACAUUUUCUAGAUAAUACCUAAAUAUGUUUAGCAAAAUUUUGAAUGCAGAACCACUUUUUGUAGUAGUUGUAGUUGUAGAAGUAUUUUCACAGUGGGUUAUUGUUACUUUUACUUCAGUAAAAGAUCUGAGUUCUUCUUUCACCACUGAUUUACUGAGAAAGCAGUUUUGUGCAUCUCUUACUGUAUUCGAUUACUGGAGGCAGGACUGCAAAUCAGUCAGCAUCGUCCUAAAACAUGCUGCGUAAACUGGACACCUACGUCACAGAGGUGAAUUACUUUUAUUUAAUUUCCUAAGUUAGUCAAGAGUGUUGUUUUUUUUUUUCAACAUUGUUGUAGUUUAAUUUUAGCUGAGACUCUACAAGGGUUGUGGGAUGUUUCAAGCUUCUGAGCACACUGAUGAAAUGUUCUUGAAAAAAUUUAGGGACAAUUUAUGUAACUAUAUAGAAACUGUCUCACUUCUUGUUCAUGAGUUACAAGUUGAGUUGCCCUGCUAUAUCAUUAUUAUAUUCGUUUUGAUAAGCUUCACUACAUUUUGUUUGACUGCCUUUUUACUGUAAACUUUGUGAUCUUUAUUGAUUGUAAACUCAUGUGAGUUGCUGGAAAUGUCACUCAUGUCUUCUGAUCACACUCUCUCAGGUACUUUAUAAAGUCUGUGCUUAUGUUGAUGAGUUGACUAAAGUCAUUAAAGACACUGGAUCUGUGCUAA